AGGCAGCCAUAAGCCUCAUGUUUCCUUCGCUCAAUCCUCCGUUUCAGAAUGAAGUCCUCGGAUCUCAUCUCGUCUUUCUGUCUCGUCCUGACUGGUCUCCUCUUGUCGCCAGGGAAUGCUGCGUGGACAGGACAAGUAAACUUCUAUGUCCACAACAAAUGCCAAUUUCCCGUAUGGCCAGCCACGGCUCCCAACACAGGCCAACCGGUGAUCGCGGACGGAGGCUUUUACCUGCCGCCGGGAACCAUCCAUCGCUUCUCGGCCCCGCCGUCGUGGGCCGGGCGGAUCUGGGCCCGCACCGGGUGCAGGUUUGGGUCCAACUGGCAUCCAGCCUGCGAGACCGGGGACUGCGAUGGGCGGCUCGCCUGCGGCGGCCUCAGCGGGACCCCUCCCGCCACACUGGUCCAGGUCUCGCUCCCGGCGGAUAACGACCAGCCCAGCUUCUAUGAUAUCAGCCUCGUCGACGGGUACAACAUCCCGAUCUCGGUAGAGUCGAAGCCUGCGUGGCCCAAGUGCGGCAUCCCGGGGUGCUCGAAGAACUUGAACGACGUGUGCCCAGCAGAGCUGCAAGUGGUGAACGGGGAAGGCAAAGUCGUCGCCUGCAAGAGCGCCUGCUUGGCCUUCAACGCCGACAAGUUCUGCUGCCGGAACCAGUACGGGACGCCGGAGAAGUGCAAGCCCAGCGUGUAUUCUUGGAUCUUCAAGGAUGCCUGUCCGUGUUACUACAGCUACGCCUAUGACUCUCCCGCGCCGUUGGUGAGCUGCGCCUCCAAGGAUUAUGUGAUUACCUUCUGUCCAAGCACCUGGGGUGGGGAGCAAGCGCAAGGGGGGAACCAUACCCACGUCCUAGCCUAAUCGUUGGACUGGCGAUGGCAAUGUUGAUUAUAAUACUAAUGAUAAUAAUAAUUAAGGAGUUUUACUCGGUUCGAUUUUGCUCACCUGCUAAGGCUCAAAGUGUCUCGUUGGGAAGGUACAUGUGAACAUCUCACGAUUCUCACCCAAAAAAUAUAUAUACAUAUAUAUAUAUAU